AUGGAAAUACCAACAGCCACAUCUGAUACUAAUGGGGUCUUGAAAGACGCUUGGGAGUUUGUGGGGGAAGUGUCUCUACCACCCGCAAGACAAGAACUCAGGGAUGCCAUAGGAGACGGGAAUGUCACCAGGUACCAUCCUCAGCCCCUUCCCCGAGUCUCUAAACCAGAAGCCCCACAGCCAGUUCUGUGCCCUCAGGUGAAGACCAACCCUUGCUGGAGGUCAGCAGGCCUGCUGCUACUGCUGCUGGCACUACUCACUGCCGGGGCCAUGGCUGGAGGGCUUCUUGGCUUCAGGUACAGCCCUCCCAAGCCACUGCUGCAGACACUCCGAAAGACUUUCCCGACCUCCAGGGUACCCUGGCCCAACCAAACCACUCUAGUGGAUGUGACCCAGAACGUGGCGACCAUCGUGGUGACUCCGUUUCAGAGCAACCACAGCUGGGCGGUGCUGUUCGACGGGCAAAGUGGCUACAUCUGCUACCGCCCUGCAGAGCACCAGGCCUGCUUCCUCCGUCUGAUGGAAGCCCAAGAUUGGGAGACCCUGCAGCUGUUGCUGAACACAUCCAGGGCCCAAGAGUCACAUGUACCUGACCGGGAUACCCACUACACCCAGGAACUGCUGGCAGUUUUGGGGGGCCAGACUGUGGACCCUACCCAAGUGGGAGCUUCAGUGCAACAUCUUUGUGCAGACACUCCCAUCUACUGGGCCCAGUGGGCAGAGGGGACCCAGAGACAGCGGCUGAUCUACCUCUGCAUUGACAUCUGCUUUCCCAGCAACAUCUGUGUGUCUGUCUGCUUUUAUUACCUCCCAGACUAA